AUGUCAUCUGAUAAUGAGUCCGGAUUGCGCAGAAAAGUCGGACAGCUUUUCGCAGUCGGCUUUCAUGGGUUUACUUCAAGCCCCGAAAUCAGAACGCUGAUCAGAGAUUAUGGGCUAGGUGCUGUCAUCUUAUUUAGAAGGAAUAUCAAGGAUGCCACUCAACUCCAGGCCCUUACGCUGGCCCUGCAACAAGAAGCCAAGGACGCAGGCCACGAACAUCCCCUGUUCAUCGGAAUUGACCAAGAACAUGGCCUGGUAACAAGAAUCACACCACAAACCGCCGCCCAACAACCAGGACAAAUGACACUUGGAGCCACUCAAUCCGCUGAUAAUGCAUACAAAAUCGGAAAAUGCACAGGAGAAAUGCUCAGCUUCUUCGGUAUCAACAUGAACUACGCGCCAGUCUGUGAUGUCAACUCCGAGCCUUUGAACCCUGUUAUUGGCGUUCGUAGUUUUGGAGAUAACCCUAAUUUUGUUGCUAAGAUGUCAAGCGCAACUGCACGUGGUCUUCGAGAGACUGGUGUUGUGCCUACAGUGAAGCAUUUUCCGGGCCAUGGAGAUACGGCUGUUGAUUCACAUCAUGGUCUUCCUGUCAUCAACAAGUCUCGAAGUGAACUUGAGAGAUGCGAAUUAAUUCCAUUCAGAAGGUCUGUAGCAGAGGGUAUUGAAGCUGUCAUGACAGCUCAUAUUGCUCUGCCUAGAAUUAGUAGUGGACCGGAGUCAAACCGCCUCCCAGCAACCCUUUCCCCAGAGGCAUUAGGCAUUCUGCGAAAUGAUAUGAAAUAUGAUGGUGUCAUUGUGACUGAUUGUCUUGAGAUGAAUGGUAUUCGUGGUACUUAUGGGACUGUCGAUGGGACAUUGAUGUCUCUGAAAGCAGGUAGCGAUAGCGUGAUGAUUUGCCAUACUUAUGCUGUACAAGUCACGUCUAUUGAGCGGGUGGUUCAAGCGGUGAAAUCCGGGGAGUUGCCAGAGUCACGAAUUUGCGAGGCUCUACGUCGUAUCACAUCCCUCAAGGAACGAUUCCUUAGUUGGGAAUAUGCGUUGCGCUCUACAGAUAAGUUGUCACUAGAUGAGUUACAUGCGAUGAACGAAAAGCACCAGCAGAUUGCAACAAAGGUAUACUCGCAAUCAACAACCGUGAUCAGGAACAGCUUAAAAGUGCUACCAGUCUCGGGAACCCUUUCAAAGGUGCUGUUACUCACACCCGGAGGAAAAAUGCCAGCAGGAGGAGCAGUAGACGAUGGUGGCCCCAAUCACAAAACAUACAUUGAUGUGCUUCAACACGCUGUCGGAAAUACGUCGUCCUCUAUAACACGAAUCAAUUAUCCAGAUACAGGAGAACUUGCGGAGGAGCACUGGAAAAUGAUUGAAAUUGAUGCCGAUAUUGUGAUUCUGACUUCUAUAAAUGCAAAGGAGGCAGAAGGGCAGAGAAACUUUGCUCUGGAAGUGGCCAAACGCCGCAAGGAUGUGAUUGCGAUAGCUACAUGCAAUCCUUAUGAUUUUCUCGAUGACGAUGAAUUAUUCAAGACAUACGUUGCUACCUAUGAACCCACCGUGGAGGCAUUCGCAUCCGCUAUCGACGUGAUUUUUGGCCGAGCACCUGCAAUGGGGACAUUGCCAGUAGCCUCAACCCUUAACAGCAAACGAGAUGCACACCACGAGGUCUUAACCCUAGAUGAAUCCCAAAAUGACUCAAUGAUCGAUGGUAUACUCAACAUCUGGAACGCGGCGCUCCCUGACUAUCCCUUACCAGCCGAGAACCUCCGCAAAGUAAUCAACCAACCCCACGGACACCACUUCAUCGCUCGAGAUACACAAACCAAAAUAAUCAUCGGUUUUUGUCUUUCGUACACAUCCCAAAACGAAGGCCAAACCUCUGCCGAAAUCGCCGUUAUCGCCGUCCAUCCCUCCAAACGACAUCAAGGCAUCGGCACAGAACUACUAGCCACAACAAGAGAAUAUCUUUACGAAAACUAUGGAUGCAAAAACACCUCGUUGAGAAGUUAUUUCCCUCGCUUCUGGCCCGGUUUACCGGUUGAUUUGACGCCGGAAACGGAGCAGUUUUUUGUGCAUAGUGGGUUUCGAUUUACUCGUGGCGGAGAUUCGGAUCUCUAUCAGGAUAUAAGGAAUUUUGUCUCACCGCACGAGUAUAUUGAUAAAGCAGUUGCGGUUGGUGUGAAAUAUAAAGCUAUAGAAACGCCCGAGGAGUUUGAGAAUUGUCUUGUUGGACAGAAACGGAAUUUUUCUCAUUAUACGGGUUGGGUCGAAGCAUUCACCUCCCUCCACCCCUCCAAGCAUCCACGAAGUAUAAUGGCAGGCUUCAACCAAAGCACUGGCACCCAAAUAGCAUGGACCCUCAUGCUCUCCCCGGACGACGACUUUGUGUCUCAAAAUUGGGCUUUUCCUCCAUUGGCAAGUGGCAGUCUUGCCCUAAAGACAGGAAUCAUUGGCUGUGUCGGGGUAGAUCAAGCGCACCGGAGUAGAGGUGUUGGUCUUGCAUUGUUGUGUCAUGCGAUAGAGGACAUGAAGCAAAGAGGUGUUGAGGCGGUAUUUGUUGAUUCGACGGAUAUUGUAGAUUGGUAUGCGAAGGUGGGAUUUGGGAGGUGGAAGGAGUAUAUUCGUGCUGAAAUUUAG